AUGGAUAGUAAUCUAAAAGUAUUUGCCCUAGGCGGUUUGCAUGAGGUCGGAAAAAACUGUUAUGUUCUUGAAAAAAACGGGGAUAUAAUUAUUGUCGAUUGUGGAAUUAAGUUUUUGAAUAAUAACAAUUUAGCCGAUGGCACCGUUCCUAAUUUUGCUUACUUGCUCGAAAAUCGUUCUAAAAUCAAAGGAUUGUUUAUCACCCACGGACACGAAGACCAUAUUGGUGGUAUUCCAAGUUUACUUCAAUUAAUUCCGACUAUUCCGAUUUAUGGUUCAGAGUUUUCAAUUUCGCUUUUGAAGAAAAAAAUUCGGGGAGGAACCACGAUAAGUGCCACCAUUUUUCAUGAUGAGCCUAUAACCACCGGAGAAUUUCGAGUUGAUUUUUUUCGUGUAACUCACUCUAUUCCCGAAAAAUUUGAUUUAGUGAAAUUAGCCGAAACUGGGAAGAGAGGGGUUGAUUUGCUGCUUAGUGAUUCGACUAACGCCGAGGUAGAAGGCACCACCCCUUCUGAGGCGAAGGUAGUCAAACGUUUGGAAAAUAUUAUUACCGAAGCCACCGGUCGAGUAAUUAUUACUUCUUUUGCCUCCAAUGUUUACCGGUUAAAAAAGGUAAUUGAAAUCGCCAAAAAAACUUCCAAAAAAAUUGUGUUGCUCGGUUCCUCAUUGCUUCGCAUGAUAGAAGUAAUUAAUAAAGCCAGUUUAUGA